UCAUUAACCAGAAAAAUACUCUGUAAUGCAAGCGGCAAAGCAACAUUUACUGUGAAAUCAAACCAUCAAACCAGAGAAACUGUUUUUAAAGAAGCAAGAAACUCUGUUUCUUCUUCGUUUCUUAAAAAUUUGCAGAGAUUACGUAUUGCUGUUUGACUUGUUUGCGAAAAUGAGAGGAGAUGUGAUUCUCCUGAUAGUUUCGUGUUUAGCGAUCGGGAUUCUAGCGAGGACGUCGUUUGGAGCCACUGUGACGUACGAUCAACGAGCCUUGGUGAUCGAUGGCAAGCGCAGAGUCUUGAUUUCCGGUUCUAUUCAUUAUCCUCGUAGUACGCCCGAGAUGUGGGCGGACCUAAUACAGAAAUCGAAGGACGGAGGACUCGAUGUGAUUGAGACGUACGUGUUUUGGAAUAUACACGAGCCAGUGAGGAACCAGUACAAUUUUGAAGGAAGAAACGACUUGGUUAAAUUCGUGAAAUUAGUGGCAGAGGCUGGUCUUUAUGUUCAUCUACGGAUUGGUCCAUAUGUAUGCGCAGAAUGGAAUUACGGCGGUUUUCCUCUUUGGUUGCAUUUUAUGCCUGGAAUUGAGUUUCGAACUGAUAAUGGGCCGUUCAAGGCAGAGAUGCAGCGAUUCACAACGAAGAUCGUGGGUAUGAUGAAGGACGAAAAACUUUAUGCCUCACAAGGAGGACCCAUCAUCUUAUCACAGAUUGAAAAUGAGUACGGAAAUAUUGAUUCUUCUUAUGGGGCCGCGGGUAAAACCUAUAUGAAAUGGGCUGCAAAUAUGGCUAUAUCUUUGGAUACUGGAGUACCCUGGGUUAUGUGCCAGCAAAGAGAUGCUCCUGAUCCCAUUAUCAACACUUGCAAUGGGUUCUACUGCGAUCAAUUUACUCCAAAUUCAAAGACAAAGCCCAUGAUGUGGACUGAGAAUUGGAGCGGAUGGUUUCUUUCCUUCGGUGGCCGUGUACCCUACAGACCUGUGGAAGAUCUUGCUUUUGCCGUAGCACGAUUUUACCAGCGGGGAGGAACUUUCCAAAACUAUUAUAUGUACCAUGGAGGGACGAACUUUGGCCGGACUACUGGAGGACCUUUUAUCAGUACUAGUUAUGACUAUGAUGCUCCCAUUGAUGAGUAUGGACUUAUCAGACAACCUAAGUGGGGUCAACUAAAAGAGUUGCACAAGGCCAUAAAGCUUUGUGAAAGUGCACUGGUGGCAACUGCUCCAACAAUUACAUCUUUGGGUCAAAAUUUAGAGGCUGCUGUGUAUAAAACAGGAUCAAUAUGUGCAGCUUUUCUAGCAAAUGUUGGCACCCAGUCUGAUGCAAAUGUGACUUUCAAUGGCAAUUCAUAUUUUGUACCUGCGUGGUCUGUUAGCAUCUUACCGGACUGCAAGAGUGUGGUUCUUAACACUGCAAAGAUAAACUCUGUGACUGAGAUUCCAAGGUUUACGCUUCAGUCUCUUAAUAUUGAUGCUGAUUCACCUGAGACAUUAGGUUCACAGUGGAGUUGGAUUAAUGAACCAGUAGGUAUUUCUAGAAAAGAUGCCUUUUCGAAACCUGGGUUAUUAGAGCAGAUAAAUACAACAGCUGAUAAAAGUGACUACUUAUGGUACUCAAUAAGCACUGAUAUCAAAAGUGAUGAGCCUUUACUUAAAGAUGAAUCUCAUACAGUUCUUCAUGUUGAAUCCCUUGGGCAUGCCCUUCAUGCUUUUAUAAACGGGAAGCUUGCAGGGAGUGGAACAGGAAGCAGUAACAAUGCUAAGGUUUCAGUGAAGAUUCCUGUUACUCUUCAACCGGGGAAGAAUACCAUAGAUCUUCUGAGUUUGACUGUGGGACUUCAGAAUUAUGGAGCAUUCUUUGACAAAGUGGGAGCAGGGAUCACUGGUCCAGUAAAGCUGGAAGGAAGCAAUGGUGCCUCUAUUGACCUCUCUUCACAGCAGUGGACAUAUCAGGUUGGAUUAAAAGGGGAAGAAUUAGGUCUGUCUACUGGAAGUUCUUCGGGGUGGGUUUCUCAACCUACCUUGCCUGUAAAGCAGCCUUUAAUAUGGUACAAGACAAAAUUUGAUGCCCCUGCUGGAAGUUCCCCCGUUGCACUGGACUUCACUGGAAUGGGAAAAGGUGAGGCAUGGGUGAAUGGACAAAGUAUUGGUCGUUAUUGGCCAACAAAUAUUGCACCAGGCAGUGGUUGCACCGAUUCUUGUAAUUACAGAGGUUCUUAUAGUUCAAACAAAUGCCUCAAGAACUGUGGGAAACCAUCUCAGUCACUGUAUCACGUACCUCGGUCGUGGUUGCAAGCAAGUGGAAAUACUCUUGUAUUGUUUGAGGAAAUUGGUGGGAAUCCGUCGGAGAUACAAAUUGCUACACGACAAACUGAAAGUUUAUGUUCAUAUAUUUCAGAAUCUCAUCCCUCACCUGUAGAUAUGUGGAAUUCAGAUUCAGAAAAAGCAAGAAAAUCAGGUCCCAUGCUGUUACUAGAAUGCCCUUCUCCUAGUCAGGUGAUUUCUUCAAUUAAAUUUGCAAGUUUUGGCACUCCUCGGGGGACUUGCGGAAGUUUUAAACAUAGCAAGUGUAAUAGUUCCCACGCUCAUUCAAUUGUGCAGAAGGCCUGUCUAGGAUCAAGGAGUUGUAGCAUUAGCGUUUCAACCGACGUAUUUGGUAAUCCAUGUAGAGGAGUGCUGAAGAGUUUGGCAGUAGAAGCUUCCUGUACAUGAAGAGUCACAGCGCCUACAUGGGAUGCAACUGGGAGUCAAGCAUUACGCCCUGUUAAGUGUCUAACCAAAUAAAAAGUUUAUUUUUCAAUGUUUGAAAUAAUUGUAAAAUAGAUGCUUACCAGAAAAAAACAAAAAGAAAAGGAAAGAGAAAGGCAGGCAUCCCUAUGAUAAACAGUAUGCAUAUUCAUUCAGAAAAAGAAAAAAAAAAUGGUUGGCUCUGGAAAGAGCUUUCAUAAAUUGAACGGAUUUUCGGUCUCUUACAGGGAAGAGACAGAGAAAAUAAUUCGUUAUAAUAUCCGAAAA